AUGUUCUCAACAUGGCUGCUGAGUGAUGUUCUUGCAACCCAUGUAAAAUGUCUUUUCUCUGUUCAGAACCCUCCAGGAUCUUCACUGGACACUCACUACAAACUAAAGUCCUAUUCUCUGCUGGGCCUCCAUGAUCUGGCCUUGUCUGACUACUCUCCUCACUCCUUUUCAGCCUCUCUGGCCUCCUCACUGUCCCUCAACAAGCUGGGCAGACUUCUUCCAAGGACCUUUGCAUUUACAGUUCCUUUGACUGCAAUGCUCUGCUUGAAUUAUGUCAUUGUCCUUCACUGCAGGGCUCUUCCUAAAUAUUACCUCCUUGAAGAGGCUUUUCCUAACUUACUUAAGUGGCUCUCAUGGAGGAUGGGGCAUGUGGGGAGCCAGUCAUUUGUGUUAUGA